UCGGAUGAAAGAAUGGACACUAACUCAUCCAAUCCGCAGCAGAGUGGCAGUGGCCCGACCCCCAGUGGCAGUAAUGAAAGGGACAUAGCCAGCAGAAGAAAUCGUCUGAUGCGCAUAACGCAGCGUACGAUUGAUACGGACGAAAGCAGUCGCAGCAGUAGCAGUAGCAGCUUCAGCGACAUGGAAGAUAAUAACAAUGAGGUGGAGGAGCGCGAUGAACAGGGCGAAUUUGGAGCAAAUAAUAUGGAGCGACUGCCAGAGGACGAGGCAGCGCGACUGUUUGAAGACUACAUUCGUGAACGGGAAUCUGCUGCGACGGAAAUCUACAAUAUAGAACUUCCUACCGAACAUGCGUACCUUGGCCGAAUGGAACGGGUUGAAGGAGUGGAUUACUUGGAACCGGGCAAAACAUACCGUCUGCUAAUAUACAGCCAUCACUCGAUUGUAUAUCCGGGCGAAAUUGUUCCACUCAUGCUAAACGAUUACAACCCCUACAGAGGAGAGGAUCCCUCCGAUGGAUGCAAACUUGGGCUGGUAUUUCAGAACCAGUGUAAUGACGGUGGACGCGUCUACGGCGUUACAUGCCAGGUGUACGAGCGAGGUGCGGAGGGUCUGUCGGCACUCCUAAAAACGGUUGCCCAGCAACGGUUCUAUAUUGUUCGUCAAUCGGAGCGAAAGGCUGAUGUAAAAAUUCUUCCCGAAGUCGUACUGCCUGAUCCGCUGAUCAACUGUUGCUCAAAUGCCAUGUUACGAUACGCAUACACCAAUCGGAAGGAUCGAUUGACGAGCUUUAAGCGUAUGCUAGCGCAAACGACGGCUUGGCCACCAUUUGUGUACGAUCAGUACGAUAUGAAGGAAGUGAUAGCAAAGGUGGAGCGGUUCCUUUCGUCACUCAACAUUACCAGCGUCCACACUGAUCAGGUGAAGUUGUCGUUCUGGUUGGCACGAAAUAUUCCGCUGACGGAAGAAUACCGGAAGAUGAUAUUUUGUACCGAUUCCGUGUGGCGUCGCAUGCUGAUCAUCAAUAAAGCGCUUGACCAUAUGUGGUACUUCAUUUGUAAACGAUGCGAGAGUGAAAUCGCAAACUAUGACGAUAUGUUUGCCAUGUCGAAGCAGGGUGUACAAACAAGCUACUGCAACCCAGCCGGCUACGUACAUGACACACUGACCGUCCACAAGACGAAGGAAAAUUCUACUCUUCCCGUUGAUCGGCCAUCAACGAACUACAGCUGGUUCCCAGGCUACUCUUGGCAAAUUAUUGUAUGUGCAAAUUGUCGGCAGCACCUUGGUUGGAAAUUUGUGGCAGAGAAGAAGAACGUAUUACCGAAAAGUUUCUACGGAUUGAGCGGAUCAAACAUUACCGUUAAAUCGCACGGAGAUCUGCAGAAGACUGAAGACGAAUUGGAUCUUACCGCCCGAACACCGGCGAGCGACGAGCAGUUAGAGUACGAAGAACUGUCCGAGUUUGACACGGACGAGGAGGUUUAUUGA